AUGCCGGGAUGCGGGGAUGCAGGGAUGCGGAGAUGUGAAGAUGCGGAGAUGCGGAGAUGUGGAGAUGCAGGGAUGCAGGGAUGCGGAGAUGUGGAGAUGCGGAGAUGCAUAGAUGCAGGGAUGUGGAGAUGCAGGGAUGUGGAGAUGCGGGGAUGUGGAGAUGCAGGGAUGCGGAGAUGCAUAGAUGUGGAGAUGCAUAGAUGCAGGGAUGUGGAGAUGCAGGGAUGUGGAGAUGCGGGGAUGUGGAGAUGCAGGGAUGCGGAGAUGCAUAGAUGUGGAGAUGUGGAGAUGCAUAGAUGUGGAGAUGUGGAGAUGCGGAGAUGA